CACUGCUUACCACCAUACAAUUACAAUCAAAACUGUUUUCCAGCCCCGGCGGAGCACGUCGCAGAUCCGCAGUAUCCGCAGUUCAAUUUUUUUCCAGUGCGACUCCUCGUUCCAAACAAACCCAAGCCCAAGCCCACACCAAACGAAAGCGAAGGGAGAGAGUAUAGAGGCGGAAAGAAAAAGCAAAAGCAAAGCAAAGUAAGGCCCUGGACAGGAUCGGGCGAGCGAACCAAGUGCGAACAAUGUGCGGAAAGUGGGUGACGCGGGCGGCGUGGUCGACGGCGACGGAGAGCGGAUAGUGGUGGAUGGUGUGUGGAACGAUUGCGAACGGACGCAGACCGAAACAAAAGUGAAAACGUGCAAAAAAACAAAAGAAGCAAGAAGCGAAAGAGGAGGCGACUAGCGAAUACAAAGCGACAAAAUGUGCGACGCUGCGGCGGCAACGACGGCAACAGCAGCAGCAACAGCAACAACAACAGCAGCAGCAGUAGCAGCACUGGAGGCCACAGCAACGCCUGGAACGGCAGCGGUAACUGGAACGGGAGCGGGCACUGUAACUGGAACCGCAUCCCCUGAAGCAACUGGGGCCACACCAGCUGCAACCAAAGGCGAGCGGUCGGCGCGACAAAACUGCUGUCGCCUGUGCAUUGCCCCGCAAACCGAAUGCAUCUCGAUCAUCAAUAGCUAUGCGGCGGACAAGGAGCCGCUGUCCACCAAGAUCCACAACUGCGUCGGCAUCAAGAUUACACCGCAGGAUCGGCUGUCGCUGCAGAUUUGCCACGCUUGCAUCAGCUACCUGAACUCAUGGCAGAGCUUCAAGAACCGAUGCUUUAGCUCGCAGACAAAGCAGCGACAGUGGCUGGAUGUCAACAAGAGCAAGCUCCUCAGCUACCUGGACCUAAACAGUGCGGAGAAUGGAGGAGGAGGAAGCGGAGGAGGCUCCUCCUACGAUCACCUCCAGCAGCAUCAGCAGCAGCAACAGCCAUCGGAGAAUGAGCUCGAAGCGGAGAAGGCGACGCCAACGGCCUCAGCGACGGCCGCCAACAUUUUGGAUGGCAUACACUCGCUGAAGAAACGCAAAUCCCUAACAGUCUAUCCACUGCCUGCGAUUCCCAUCAAAGAUGAGCCCAUUGACACGGAUGACGACUACCAGAUGAAGUCAAUAGACGAGUCCGAUGACAUGGUCGAUCCCACAAUGUUCCUAGAGCGUUCCGAGCACGAGGGCGAUGUGCCGCUGACGGCCUCGGACUACGACUACACUGCGCAACAUGGCGUGAAUGCCUCUUCCGUUGCAGCCUCGCUGCCGCCGAAUGCGGUUGCCAAUGUGGCAGCUGCCGGGGAUUCCAAGGUGGCCAGCUGCCGGGCCUGCAGUCUGCAGUUCUCCACCCGGGCCAACGCCCGUCGCCACGAACGGAAUCUGCACCCGAAUCUGUUCCAGCUGUCCACAGACUCGCCCCACAACACACCCAUCACAAAGCCAACGCCCGCCUUGGCUGCCGCCUUGGAGAUCCAACGGGCAGCGGCUGCGGCGGCCACUGCAGAGGCCAACCGAGCGGCGGGUGCGGCGGGCGGAAAUAUUUCCACGCAAAAGUACCGCCAGGUGGUGAUGAACGCGUUCAUCAAGUGCGAGGGCGGCGGCUAUGACUACGAUAAUCCCGAACAGUACCGACCGCUGCUCACCCGCGACAAGGUGGAGUUUAUCGAGCAGAACGACGAGUUCCUGGAGCAAUACCAGACGAUGACCUGCCGCUGCUGCAGCAAGUACUUUAGCACGUACAAGAACUUCAUGGCGCACGUGCGCAAGAAGUAUCCGCUGCUGCCGCGCAACCUAUGCUUCAACUGCCUCAAGAUGAACGACUCCAAGGCGCUGUUCAUCUCGCAUCUGAAGAAGCGCAAUUGCAUCAAUCUCUUUAGGGUCUUGAAUGCGCUGCGUGGCAAGACAACGGCCGUGGUUGUGCCCUCUGUCGCUGAAGAUGUGGCCGACGAUGUCGGAACAACCGGAGGAGUUGUGGCAGUGGCCGAUGCCGGCGCAGGUGUGGUGGUGACCAUGACCAGUCCGACGGUGACAGUGAGCGGCGGCGGAGAAGCCGUCACUCCCGGCGGAGGCUCCGAACGGCCGGAGAAGCUGCGCGCCAAGGAGCUGUUGGUCAACAAGCUGUACGAGUGCAAGCUCUGUCCCAAGGGAUUCCGCACCAAGCACGAGUUCCGAACGCAUGUGUACGACAAGCAUGCGGAUGUCCAGCGCAAGGACAACAACUCGAUACAGUGCAGCUUCUGCGGACUGGACUUUGCCGAUCCGGUGGACAGGCGGCGGCACUACAACAACAUGGACUGCAUUGUUCGGCUGCGCUGCAUGACCUGCGAUGCAAAGCUGGAGACGCACCAGCGAUUCCUCGAUCACGUCUACCAGGAUCACCUGGGCGGCGUGGGUGGUGGCGGAGCGAGCAGCGACAAUGCCUCCACUACGGGAAGCGGCAUGGCUAGGAGCAACAGCAUGGAGCAUUCGCCGGGCAAGAGGAGUCUGCUCGGUGCCCUGGGCAUUGGCGUUGGCUCCUCGGCGGAUGAGUCGCGUAGCAGCAGUGCGGCUCCGCCGCUGACCUCUACACCCAAACUGGCGGGAGUUGCCCAGGUGGGUGGCAGCGGCAGCGGCGGGGGCGGCGGCUUGGCCAGCGCCUCAGCCUCCGCGCAGAGCUCAGCGAGUCGAGAUGCGUCCGCACCCAAAUCCCAGUACUUCUCCCGGAUGCCGCAGGUCUGCCCCAUUUGCGGGCAGCAGUACAACAACUACAACAAUGUGCUGCGACACAUGGAAUCGAAGCAUCCGAACAAGCUGCCAGAGACCUACAAGUGCGUGCGAUGCGGCCUGGGCUAUCCCCGGAUCUCCUACCUGCGGGAGCACAUGAUCAAUGUGCACGGCGUGGACAAGAACCGGCACUCUGGCGGCUUCGAGUACAUCGUGAAUGCGGAUGCCGUAAAGUUGGCCGACGGCAGCACGCCAAACGUCUACACGGGUCGCUACGACUACGUGAUGAAGGACCUGAUGUCGAUAACAAAUGGUGGGACACUCGAUGACGAAGAGGAGGAGCCGGGCAGCGUGGCCAAGAAGAUGCGCCUGGACGACAGCAGCAACAAUAGCAGCCUGGUGGGCGUGGCCAGCCAACAGAAGGAGUGCCCCAUCUGCAAUGCAGUGUUCAGCAACAACAUUGGCCUGUCCAAUCAUAUGCGCUCCCACUACACGGCCUCGAAUGCAGUGAAUGCGGCUCUGGCGGCUGCCAAUCGGAUGACACCCAAAUCGCUGACCAUAACAGCAACGCCAGCAGCAGAUUCAGAUGUGGGACUGGGGGCAACAGCAUCGGUUUCGGCCCCAGUGACGCCGGCCAAUGUGCCACCGGCAAUGGCCAACCAGACGCCCCAGGAGCAGGCCGUCUUCCGACGAAGUCUCGACCAGGCGGCGGAUCGUCGCUUCCGGCGAAUGCGUUGCCGCAUUUGCCAGCGACGAUUCAGCUCGAAGAAGUCCUAUCGCUACCACAUGCUCACCGACCAUCAGGUGCAGAAUGUGCAGUUCAUCAAGUGCAAGCUGUGCAACGCGGAGUUUGCCUACGAGAAGGGCCUAAAGGUGCAUCUGUUCAAGGUGCACGGCAGGGCGAUCAAGGACGAGAUGAUUAUCAAACAGUUUGAGUGCGAGGUCUGCUCGAUUGUCUACAGUUCGGAGAUGGAGCUGGCGCAGCACAAACGCAGUGUCCACAAGCUGGCCUCUGCCUCAGCAUCGGCAUCCACUUCGGCGUCCACAUCCUCCAAGAUUGACGAUGACUCGCUGAUGGAGGAGGCCAAGCCCACGGCAGCGGAUCUGGCUGAUCUCUCCACCCUGGCGGCCAGUGCCUCCACUGCAUCGGCUUCGGGUCAGGUCCUGGGCACUCCGCUGUACUGGUACCAGUGCAAGUACUGUCCCUCCAACUUCAACACCAACAAAAAACUGGCCAUCCACAUCAACUCGCACGACGAGUUUGACUCGAACGAUUAUUCCUGCAAAGAUUGCGGCAACGUCUACAGCGGACGCAAGAGUCUAUGGGUGCAUCGCUAUAAGAAGCAUCCGCAAGUACCCGACCCGGCCGAGUGCUCGCUGUGCCGCAAGGUCUUCUUUGACCGCCAGAUGCAUGACAACCACACGCCCACCUGCAACCGCAAGCCGAUCACAUCGACAGGUGCCCACCAGCAGCAGGAUGCGCAGCUGCAGCAGCAGCAGGCGUCUCUCCAGCCAGCCAGACGAACCGUUUUCCGGCACAAGACGGGCGACGACGAGGACGAAGAGGAGGACGAUGACCAGCAGCAGCAGCAGCUGGACGAGCGGGCCAAUAACGAUGGGAAUGGAACUGUGGCGGCGGGAAUGGCUUCGAGCAGUGUUGUGACGGCGGCCACGUCGCUAAAGAUUCGCAUACCCGAGGUGGCCUGCACCAUUUGCGGGGCCCGCUUCACCGACCAGGAGCACUUUAGCAAGCACAUCCAGAAGCACGAGCAGGAACUGUACGUGGACAAUCCGCUGGCGGCGAUGUUCGACGAUGGGCCAGCGGAUGCCGGGCAGUUCCAGGUGGAGCGGCAGAACGAGAACGGGGAGUACGCGUGCGAUUUGUGCGCCAAGACGUUCCCCCAGGUGAUCGCACUCAAGGUGCAUCGCAAGUGGCAUUUCAGAGGUGAUAGCAAGCAGAACCCCAUCGACGGCGAAGCGACACAGUUGACCAACAACAAUCAUACAACCAACAACAACAACAACUCGAUGCUGCACCUACGCGAGCUGCAUGCGGUGGGUCUGAUGCCCAACCAGCAGCAGCAACAGCAGCAGCAGAGCCUCAACAACUCGUGCAACAGCAGCAGCAUGAACCACAACAACAACAGCAGCAGCGGGAACCGCAGCAAGUCGAUGAAGCGGAAACGUGAGCUGAAAUGCGAAUACUGCGCCUCCACCUUCAUCAGUAACAACAAUCUGCGUCGCCACAUGUACGAGCUGCACAAGCACGAGGUAAGCAAUCUGCCGGAGCCGCCGGUGAUUGUGGUCGACGACCAUCUCACCUGCCGUCGCUGUCAGCUGAAGUUCGACACCAAGGAGCUGUGGAUCGAGCAUAAGCUGGCCGACGCGAAGGUGGUGCGACCCUUCUGCCCCUUCCAGUGGGGCUGCGAUCUGUGCGGCGAGUAUCUGUCGCGCAAGGAGAAGCUGAUGAACCACAUCAACAACCAUCUCAAGGAGGAGGUCAUAGUGCCGGUGGCCACCAAGGCAGCCAUAGAGAGGACAGCGGCCAUGGAGGCGGCGGCGUCAGAAGAUGCAACCACAGCGGCGGCGCCAUCAUCAACAGCAUUGGGUGAGGCAGCGAAAAUUGAGGAGCAAUCCCUCGAAAAAGGUGAGGUGGCAGCAGCAGGAACAGCGGCAGCAGCAGCAACAACAGCAGCAGAAAAGAUGGAAGAAGAUAGCGAUGACCUGGAUGAGGAUGAUAGCUCGGGCGAAGAGGAGGAAAGCUCGGGCACGGGCGAUGAUGAAGACGACGACACGGACGAUGAGGAUGGUGAGGGUGAAGAUGACGACGAGGACGAGGAGGGAGAUGGCGGCGAGGGCGAGGACGAAGAGGGUGUGCAGCCGCCGGCUCAAUUGUUGCCGCCACAGAAGCAGCACAAAGCGAAUCUUAACCAGGAUGACGAUGAUCUCGUCGAGCAGAUCUACAGCACGGACGAGGACGACGAAGAUGAUGGCGAGGUGGAAAGCGACGACGAUGAUGAAGAUGACGAUGAGGAGGACGAUGUUGAGGAGCCGGAGCCAGUGGCAUUGCCGGUGCGACCGCUAAUGAAUGGCAAGUCGAAAAUGCCGCCGCUGAUCGUGGCCAGCUCGGAUGAGGAGGACGAUGGUGUGAUCCCCAUCGAGGACAUCAUCGAAGAGGAGUUCGAUGAGGAUGUCGAUCCGGAUCCCGAUCCGGAGGAUGUCAUCGAGGAGGUGGACGACGAUGAUUUAGAUGAGGGGGAUGCGGAGGACGAGCCGAAUGUGGUGUCGACAGCCUCCUCCUCGGAGAGCGAGUCCACCACAACGACCACGUCCAAUUCGCAUUCGCAUACGCAUUCCACGGGUGAGCGGCGUAAGAAGGCCGACGAUCAGUUGAAUGAUCCCGGCUUUACCUGUGAUCUAUGUCAACUUUGUUUCGAUUCUCAGGAGCUUCUCCAGAGCCACAUCAAAAGCCAUAUCCUCAAUGGGCCAAAGCUCUCAACAGCGGCGGCGGCGCAGCCAGCAGUGGCAACAGCAGCAGCCGCCACAGCAGCGGCAACAGCAACAGCAGGCGGCGCGGCAGCAACAUUGGCAACGGCAGCAAAGACGAAGCCUGACUCCAAGUCAGCGGUGCUGGCCAACAAUAACAACAACAAGAGCAAGACUGUUGCUGCCACGGCGACGACUGCAGCAGCUGCAAAAGCUGCAACGACAAAUUGAGUAGUCAUUCUGCCAACACCACCACCACCACCAGCACCACCUCAUCAUCAUCAUCAUCUCGAUCCAAACUCACUUGAAAUGUACAAAGCCAAUCCACUUAAACACCGCCAUCAUCAUCUCAUCAUCAUCUCAAUCAUUCAGAAAACAAUGAAACAUCAGCAACCACAUGAACAUCAGCAACGCAUUCCAUCAACAAAAAUCAGCCACGUUUAUGUAUAGCACGAGAUGCGUGUGUGUGCGUGUGUGUUAUAUAAACCCCUUUUUUUUUUCUUGCUUCUAGUCGUAAGAACUUAACUAACAUAUAUGUGUACAUCAUAUAUAUAAAUAUAUGUAAGCUAAGACAUUUUUUUUUUUCAAAUGUUAACCUAGUUUGUACCGCGCACACACCCACACACAAAGCAAGAAUACGGGAUCUAUAGGCAUCCUUCUACGGCUAAGUUUCGCUAUAAAACCUAUAAAUAUAUAUACAUUGAUAUAGUAGACCUAAGCAUAUAGAAAAGUACGUCUUAAUAUGUUACACAUCAAUUAUCAAGCAAAAAGUUUACGACGCACCAAAGCAAGCGACAGAAAACGCAAGGGAAACCGCUCAGUUAGUUAGUAAAACAGAACCAUCAGGAUUUUCAAAGUAUUUCACACGACAGCAUGACACUCUCAAACACACACACACCACACACAAAGCGAUAGUUGUUUAGGUUUUGUUUACGUAUGCAAACCUUGGUCUUCCCGAAAUUCUACAAUCGGUUAAAAGCUCGGGUCCCCCACUUUAGGACCAAAAAAGCAGACUUGAAUAACAUCUUCUAUCUACUUAUCAAACUAAAUCAUAAUUAAUUUAUUUUAUCCAUAUCUAUGAACACUUAGCAAGUCUAUAUCUUUUGGUAAGCUACUUGGUUUGAUGUAUAAACCAAGUAGGCGGUUAAUUUACAUUGAAUAAAUAGUCUUCUUAGUUUAUGUAUCUUAUCCUUUUUUUAUAUUUGAAAAAUUGUAUCUUAUUACCUUUGCACAAAGAUAAGGAAAUCGGAUUAAAAUGUUGAACAUCCUUCUUCUGGCAAGAUACUCUUUGCUUGGGAAUGAGAAAAAGGAUUGCUAAGAUGAACAGAGUACGUGGUCACAACAUUUUUGCCCCCUCAAUUAGAAUCAUUUUUCAUUUCCUCUUUAUAUUUUUAUUAAACAAACAUAGCCAAUACAAUAGAAAAAUCAAUCCGUAAAAUAAAAUAAGUCAAAAUUUAGAAAAAUUUUUAAAUUGUACAAAAAAUUAUAACUGAUUCAUAUUUUAAACAUUUAAUCAAACUGUUUUUGUAAUACCCUAGAAUGUCGUACUUGGCUGACACAAAAGUUGACGGUCCGUUCUUUUCUUAUUGAAACACGUUUUCUUUUCAAAAGAACAAGUAUUUCAAUGGAACAACUUACUCGAUAACAAGAUAACAAUGGCCGGCCUUAUCAAAUUAAAGCAUUAAAUAAUUUACAUUCUUUUUUUACCCAUUAAUUUGAAAAGUUUUAUUAUGUUGCAUCCUUGUUUUUUUUACGUUUAUAAUAAACACAAGAGUUUCUUGGCCCGGCAUUUUGGAAAUUUAGUAGAAUCCUAGUAUGCAAACAACUGACACUAUCAUCUUGAUGCGGAAGGAAGACCAAGGUCAAUAGUGGAUCCAUACUUAGACACGUAUUUACAUAGAUUGAGAUUUAUUCGUGUAGCUAAUAUAACGAUUUACCCAUAAUCUGUACAUUACUUAUUUUUCACACUACACCCCAAACCCAAAACCAAACCCACACGCAUGCGCACACAACUUCAACAUACAUAUAUAGACACAACUGAUAGCGGCGGCAUUAUAUGUAAAAGUAGCUUAAGCAAAAUCUAAAAUGUAACUGGAAAUGUAGUCUAAAACGUACAAAAUAAAUUAAAACAAAUGCAGAAUCAUA